AUGUCAACAAAUUUAGAUAACAAUUCUGGAUCAACAAAAUAUUCAUAUGAACAACGUAUAAGUGAUCAAGGUAAUAAAUAUACCAUUCAACUUACAACAGAUAAUUUUGAAGAAAAUGAAUUUAAAUUAACACCAUAUUAUUCUCGACAUGAAUUAGUUGUUGAUGCUAAACAUGUUGAAGAAGAUAGUUAUGGUGGUUUUAUUCGUCGUGAAUUACAUAAAAUAUUUCCGAUACCAAAACAUAUUGAUUUAAGUAAACAUACAUAUACAUUUAAUAAAACAAAACAAGAAUUAAUUAUUGAAUUAUCAUAUUUACAUUCAACAACAACAAAUGAAAAUAAAAUGGAUUCUUCAUUUAUAUCAUCUAUUGUAGAAUCAAAUCCAUUAUCAACAAUGUUAUAUGGUGAUCGUCAUUCAACAAAUCAUUAUAAUAAUACAGAUACUAAUAAUAUAAAUCGAAUUCCUCCAUCAAUGAAUGAUUCAUCAAAAAAAACAACAACAUCAGUAACUGUUACAACAAAGAAUGAUCCAUCAAUAGGAAAAACUAAACCAUUUGAUUUUGAUUUAUUUCAUCGAUCAGCUUUUCAACCACAAAUUCUUGCUGGAACAUCCAAUGAUAAUACACAUGAAAAAAAAUUACUGAUGUCAUUAGAUUUAACUGAUUAUCAACCUGAAGAUAUUCAAGUAUCAAUUAAAGAUCAAGAAUUAAUUGUAAAAGCUGAAAGAAAAACUCAAACUGAUACACGUAAAUCUCGUACAUCAUUUUUUCAAUCAACAAGUUUACCACCACAAACCGAUAUUGAACAUUUAAAAUCAAAUUAUAUUGACGGAAAAUUAGUUAUUGAAGCACCAUAUCUUGAACGAAAUAUUAAAACAACUAAUACUACAGAAUCCAAUAAUGAUACAGUUAUUAAAUCAGAACAAAAAUCUGUUGAAGAAGAUCCAUAUCAACAACGAACAGAAACUGUUAUAGAAUUUAUUCGUCGUCGUCGAUUAUAA